CAUGGGGCUGCCCGGGGAGCUGGACGCUGCAGACGACGGCGGAGGAUGCGCGCGGCGCCCCUGAGCCGGCCGAGCGGGCGGGCCGCGGGAUGAAUGACUGAUUCAUAGUCGGAGAGCUGCAGAGAGGCUGGAAGGCAGGCGGUUCUGGGAUCCAGCUGGGGCCGAAUGCACACCUUCCACCUUCGAUUAACACCAAAGAUGAAGAAACUGAGGCCCAAAGAAGUUAUCCACUUGGUUGAGGUCCCAGAAUAGAUCAGAACCAGGUCCACUAUCAGAAACCUCCUCCUGGCUCCUGGCUGUCUGAUCCCCUGAGGUUCAUUUCCUGACAGACAAGGUACAAGAUCCCCAUUACUUGAAGGAUAAGGCUGGCACUGCUCGACAUCUUUGUGGAAGCUUCUCCCUCACUCCUGAGCCUCCCUGAAACCUCCUUACAGCAUAUGACACAGAAUUUCUUUUUCCUAAGAUGGAGUUGAGCAAAAAGAUGGACGCUGCUGGCGCGCUGCAGCCCAACCCCCCCCUCAAGCUGCAGCCUGACCGGGGUGCAGGCUCAGUGCUCGUGCCAGAGCAAGGCGGCUACAAGGAGAAGUUUGUGAAGACGGUGGAGGACAAGUACAAGUGUGAGAAGUGCCGCCUGGUGCUGUGCAACCCCAAGCAGACUGAGUGUGGGCACCGGUUUUGUGAGAGCUGCAUGGCUGCCCUGCUCAGCUCCUCGAGUCCAAAAUGUACAGCGUGCCAAGAAAGCAUCAUCAAAGACAAGGUGUUUAAGGAUAAUUGCUGCAAGAGAGAGAUCCUGGCCCUUCAGAUCUACUGUCGGAAUGAAAGCAGAGGUUGUGUAGAGCAACUGACUCUGGGACAUCUGCUGAUGCACCUAAAAAACGAAUGCCAGUUUGAGGAGCUUCCCUGUCUUCGUGCCGAUUGCAAAGAAAAAGUAUUGAGAAAAGACUUGCGGGAUCAUGUGGAAAAGGCCUGUAAAUACCGAGAGGCCACGUGCAAUCACUGCAAGAGCCAAGUCCCCAUGAUCACACUGCAGAAACACGAAGACACUGAUUGUCCCUGUGUGGUGGUGUCCUGCCCGCAUAAGUGCAGCGUCCAGACUCUUCUGAGAAGUGAGUUGAGUGCACACUUGUCAGAGUGUGUCAAUGCCCCCAGCACCUGUAGUUUUAAGCGCUAUGGCUGCGUUUUUCAGGGUACAAACCAGCAGAUCAAGGCCCACGAGGCCAGCUCCGCAGUGCAGCACGUGAAUCUGCUCAAGGAGUGGAGCAACUCCCUGGAGAAGAAGGUUUCCUUGCUGCAGAAUGAAAGUGUUGAAAAAAACAAGAGCAUCCAAAGUUUGCACAAUCAGAUAUGUAGCUUUGAAAUUGAAAUUGAGAGACAGAAGGAAAUGCUUCGAAACAAUGAAUCCAAAAUCCUUCAUUUGCAGCGAGUAAUAGACAGCCAAGCAGAGAAACUGAAAGAACUCGACAAGGAGAUCCGUCCCUUCCGGCAGAACUGGGAGGAAGCAGACAGCAUGAAGAGCAGUGUGGAGUCCCUCCAGAACCGUGUGACCGAGCUGGAAAGCGUGGACAAAAGUGCUGGGCAGGCGGCUCGCAACACAGGCUUGCUGGAGUCCCAGCUGAGCCGGCAUGACCAGAUGCUGAGUGUUCAUGACAUCCGCUUGGCGGACAUGGACCUGCGGUUCCAGGUCCUUGAGACCGCCAGCUACAAUGGUGUGCUGAUCUGGAAGAUCCGUGAUUACAAGCGCCGGAAGCAGGAAGCCGUCAUGGGGAAGACCUUGUCUCUCUACAGCCAGCCUUUCUACACGGGCUAUUUUGGCUAUAAGAUGUGCGCCAGGGUCUACCUGAAUGGGGACGGAAUGGGGAAAGGGACACACUUGUCGCUGUUUUUUGUCAUUAUGCGUGGAGAAUAUGAUGCUUUGUUGCCGUGGCCAUUCAAGCAGAAAGUGACACUCAUGCUGAUGGAUCAGGGAUCCUCUCGACGUCAUCUGGGAGAUGCAUUCAAGCCUGAUCCCAACAGCAGCAGCUUCAAGAAACCCACUGGAGAGAUGAAUAUCGCCUCUGGCUGCCCAGUCUUUGUCGCCCAAACUGUUCUGGAGAAUGGGACGUAUAUUAAAGAUGAUACAAUUUUUAUUAAAGUCAUAGUGGAUACUUAA